UGCAAUACUGCUAUCUUUUUUUACGCGAGCAAGUCGGGAAAUUAAAGUAUCCUGAUUAAUAUAUAAUGUACCAUCAGCCACCUUUGCCGCCGCCACAGGACUUUCCGUCACAACCUCCUCCACCACCGCCACCACCAGAGAUUGAAGAGAUUUCACCGCCCGGCGUUCAAGAUACUCCCAUUCCAAGUGCAACAGAUGCUGCUUUUAAUUACACACAGCAUCCGCCUCCAAAUGUGAAUACGUCCUACAGUCCUCAAAGUUCUGCCUCUAAUUACUUUAAAUAUGCUGGAACAUCGUAUGCACCAUACGAAGAGGCAGGUCCGUCGCAGUCUUCUUACUCCACGGCCAACUCCAAUCCCAAUGCGUAUUCGUAUGAAAGUUAUCCAUACCAGGAGGGAUAUGCAGGUCAACCCAACUAUGGACAUCAAACAGGCAACUCAUACAAUUAUGAGCCAUAUGGACAGCAGUCGUAUCCGUACAAGUAUCCGGAGAGGGAACGCUACGAGUACACUCCCAAUUAUCGACCGCCUAAUCAGCGAUAUGUGAACUACAAUCAUAAUCAUUAUCAGAAUAAUUAUGGCGGAUACGGCGGACACAACAGUCGCUAUGAACAACGCUACAACAAUCCCCGACAGCCACGUGCCCAGUCCUAUUAUCCACCCGGCAGGAGCAACUCCAGCAAGGGAAUGGCCAGCGAUGACUCACGUAAUUAUCGGGAACGCAGCGAAUCCGCACCAAAUCUGCCAAAGACGGAAACGGAGCGCGAUCGUCUGUUGCGUCAGUGGUGUGCCAACUAUUGUGAAAAGCCCGAGGAUUACAUAAAGAAAAUGAAUGCACUCAAUGAGGCCGAUGCACCUGUGGAAUCAUGGGUACGAUCCUCGCCAGCCGAACUAUACUAUGAGCGCACCAAGACGGAGCACGAGGUGAAGGCCAAGACACGCCUACAUAAGCUGUGCGCCUUGUUCGACGAUGAGCUGCUCCAGCGAGCGGACCGAGUGCGUCAGACUCAGCCCGCUUAUGUGCCGCCGCCGCGCAAGGCUCGCAGACGUGUGUGCAAGCACAAGCACAAGUCGGAGGCGUGCUCCUCCUCUAGCUCGGACUCGGAUUCCGAUGAGGAUGCCUUCAAGAUCGAGCAGGAUUGCUGCAUGGAGGAGCUGUCCCGCAAGGUGCAGCAUCCGCAGCGCGUGCACGCCGAUUUGUGGCACAACGAUGCCGGCGAGAUGAACGAUGGUCCGCUUUGCCGUUGCUCAGCUAAGUCGCGCCGGAUUGGCAUACGGCACGGCAUCUACCCGGGCGAGAAGGGCUACGAGAUAUGCGACAAGGAGACGAACAAUGCCGCCAACUUGUAUCAUUAUCGCAUCACCAUAUCGCCACCAACCAACUUUCUGACCAAAACUCCGACAAUUAUCAAGCACGACGAGCACGAGUUUCUCUUUGAGGGAUUCUCACUGCUGUCCCACGUGCGUCUUACGGAUCUGCCGGUGUGCAAGGUGAUUCGCUUCAACAUUGAGUACACCAUCGAGUACGAUGAGGAGAAGAUGCCCGAGAAUUUCACCAUACGUGAAUUGGAUUUGUUUUGUGAGAUUGAGGAUCUGCCGGAUACUGCUGCCAUGCUCAACAUUCUCCAAGGUCAAUGCUAUGUGGACAUCAAGGGCAUGCUGGUGACCAAGCCAGGACAUAAGCCCUGCUCCCUUAGAGUCGAUCAAUUAGAUCGUAAUAAUUCCGAUUUACCCGAGUGUCUAGAUCGGGAAACUGGCAUCUCACAUCCGGCAAUUGUGCACUUCGGCAUAAGGCCACCACAACUGAGCUAUGCGGGCAAUCCGGAGUACCAAAAGGCAUGGCGUGAAUAUGUCAAGUUCCGCCAUUUAAUGGCCAACAUGUCCAAGCCCUCGUUCAAGGACAAACGCAAGCUGGAGGACAAGGAGCAGCGGCUGCAGGAGAUGCGCACCCAGGGACGCAUGAAGCGCAAUAUAACAGUGGCCAUCAGCUCGGAAGGUUUCUAUAGAACCGGCAUAAUGUGUGACAUUGUGCAGCAUGCGAUGCUGAUACCAGUGCUCACAGGACACUUGCGCUUCCACAAGUCACUGGAUCUGCUGGAGGAGAGUAUUGGCUACAAGUUCAAGAAUCGCUACUUACUCCAGCUGGCAUUGACGCAUCCGUCGUACAAGGAGAACUAUGGCACUAAUCCUGAUCACGCACGCAAUUCACUUACCAAUUGUGGCAUACGACAACCGGAGUACGGGGAUCGCAAGAUUCACUAUAUGAACACACGGAAGCGGGGCAUCAAUACCCUGGUCAGCAUUAUGUCUCGCUUUGGCAAGGAUCAUGAGACGGUUUCGAAUAUCACCCAUAACGAACGUUUGGAGUUUUUGGGUGAUGCUGUUGUCGAGUUUCUGAGCUCCAUACAUUUGUUCUUCAUGUUUCCGGAACUGGAGGAGGGCGGUCUGGCCACUUAUCGUGCCGCCAUUGUCCAGAAUCAGCACUUGGCUUUGCUGGCCAAGAAACUGCAGCUUGAGGAAUUUAUGCUUUAUGCCCACGGCUCCGAUUUGUGCCACGAACUGGAACUGCGUCAUGCCAUGGCCAAUUGCUUUGAGGCUUUGAUGGGCGCCUUGCUCUUGGACGGUGGCAUCAAAGUGGCCGAUGAGGUCUUCACGGAUGCGCUGUUUCGUCAGGAUGACAAACUGCUCAAGAUUUGGAAAAAUCUGCCAGAGCAUCCGUUGCAGGAACAGGAACCGCUGGGAGAUCGCAGCUGCAUUGAUUCAUAUCGCGUACUGAAGGAUCUGACCAGAUUUGAGGAUUCCAUUGGCAUUAAGUUCAAGCAUAUACGUCUGUUAGCUCGUGCUUUUACCGAUCGAUCAAUUGGCUUUACACACUUGACGCUUGGCUCCAAUCAGAGAUUGGAAUUCCUGGGCGAUACUGUGCUGCAAUUGAUAUGCUCCGAGUAUUUGUAUCGUCACUUUCCCGAACAUCAUGAGGGUCAUUUGUCGCUGCUGCGUUCCUCCCUGGUCAACAACCGCACCCAGGCGGUGGUCUGUGAUGAUCUGGGUAUGCCCAAGUAUGCUGUCUAUGCCAAUCCCAAGGCGGACUUGAAGACUAAAGAUCGUGCCGAUCUGCUGGAAGCAUUUUUGGGUGCUUUAUAUGUGGACAAAGGUCUGUUGUAUUGCGAACAGUUCUGUCACGUCUGCCUCUUUCCACGUCUCCAGCUGUUCAUUAUGAAUCAGGAUUGGAACGAUCCCAAAUCGAAGCUACAACAGUGUUGCCUCACCCUGCGCACAAUGGAUGGCGGCGAACCGGAUAUACCCUAUUAUAAGGUGGUUGAGGCUAGCGGACCAACAAAUACCCGCGUCUACAAGGUGGCCGUUUAUUUCCGGUCCAAGCGUUUGGCAACCGCCAGUGGCUCAUCCAUACAGCAGGCCGAGAUGAAUGCAGCCAAACAGGCGCUGGAAAACUCUCGAGAUCUCUUUCCACAACUGGAUCAUCAGAAGCGUGUCAUUGCCAAAAGCAUCAAGAAGCAAACAGGCAACGAAAUGGAUACGGAUGCGGAUAAGCAGCUCCAAGAGGACAAGGCCAAAAAGCCCAAAUAUGCAGCUCCGCUUGAGGAUGAGUCGCAUCUGCCCAAGCAAUAUCGCAUGCACGAGAAUAUAUCCAGUGAUGAGUUGCCAGAGGAUGAUGAAGAUGACAAUACCAAUACCAAAAGACUGACUUCGCCUGUUCCUAUGCCGAGGAGUCGAAGCAGCAGCAGCAGCAGCAGUGAUAGCGACAGCUCUAGUGAACCUCCAAAGAGACGACCUCGUCUACAAAAGGGUUCGACUUCACCCGUUUCUCCUGCAUCAUCGUCGACAUAAAUUAAUCUCAAUCAACAAAUUCAAAAAGCUUAGCUUACACCCAGGCAAUGAAGCUUCUAAAGAGUUUAAUAGUGGCUCGCAAAAAUGUAUCAAGAAAUAAUAUUAAUUACAAUAAAUCGUUAAAAAUGUAUGCAAAUGAAUCACCCCUCAAAUGCUAAACAAAUUUAUCAACUAUUGUAAAUUGUGUCAACAUAAAAUAAAACACUUUACUAGGAUUGAAAACCGUAA